CACCAGGUAUUAAACCGCCUCCCCGACGGAUCCCGCAGCCCGCUCACACCCGAGAUAAAGACCUCCACGGCGGGGAAGAAGCGCCCGACGCAGCGCCGAACGCACCGCGCAGGAAUCUCUCUUUCUCUUCACUCUCACGAGCUGGCAACAGGUGCUCUGCAGGCUGCGCAACAGCUGCUCGCUUCAAAAAGGGGAUUUAAAAGCUCUCUGCUCGACGUAACAGCAAAAGGCGGUGGCAGGGGGAGGAGGAGGAGAAGGAGCUGGGUGACAGAGAGGAGAGAGGUGUUGCGGAGAGCCAUGCUGUCUUUGAGCUGCGCCGACCCCUGGCCGGAAGGCUCGGUGGGGCUGGAGGAGGAGGUGGUGACCGCCGCCGCCCAGGCUGAGGAGCGGGACAGCGGCAGCAACAACAGCAUCAGCAGCUGCUGCAGCUCCAUCAACCUGGACGACAGCCUGACCAGCCUGCAGUGGCUGCAGGAGUUCUCCAUCCUCGGUGCCAACGUGCCGCAGCAGCCCCACCACCAGCCGCACCUGUUCGGCCACCAGCCGCUGGGCUCCGACGCCCCGGCCUCCCCUCUGGCCGGGGAUCCCGCCUCCAUCGGCAUGCCCCUGACCCCGGGGAAGCCCACAGCGGCGGCCUACAGCAGGCUGCAGUCCCUCCCCGGCAUCGUUGCCCACGGCCACUGCCCAGAUGAGGUGGACUACAAGACCAACGCGCGCAUCAAGCCGCCCUACUCGUACGCCACGCUCAUCUGCAUGGCCAUGCAGGCCAGCAAGAAGAGCAAGAUCACUCUGUCCUGCAUCUACAAGUGGAUCACUGACAACUUCUGCUACUACCGACAUGCUGAUCCCACCUGGCAGAACUCCAUCCGACACAACCUGUCGCUCAACAAGUGCUUCAUCAAGGUGCCGCGGCAGAAGGACGAGCCAGGGAAGGGUGGUUUCUGGAAGAUUGACCCGCAGUACGCUGAGCGUCUCCUGAGUGGCGCCUAUAAAAAGAGGCGAAUGCCACCGGUCCAGAUCAACCCGGCCCUGCAGAACAGGCUCAGGGUCAACCUCCAGCCCCAGUCCACAGGCCCCUGCAGCCCCACAGGAGGUCAGAGCGGCCUGUGCAUCAACCCAGAGUCCCAGCGGCUCCUCCGGGAGUUCGAAGAGGCGACCGGCGCCGACCAGAACUGGGACCCUCAUCUGGCUGAAGGGACCAUGCUGGGGGCCUGGCCAGUGGUCAGGGGAAGAGGUGGGUACAAGAGGAAACAGUUGCUGGGCUCCAGAAAUGGCGGUGCCAAAGCCCCCCGGCGCUCCAGCUCCCCACUGCUCUCCGUGGACGAACAGAAGGAGAUUGGACCUCUGAAGGGGGACUUUGAUUGGGACGCCCUGCUGGACUCGGCCCUCAGCGGGGAGCUCAGUUUAGAGGGAGGAGAACCUCUGAGCCCCAUCAUGAAAGAGGAGGACCUGACAGUGCGGGGGACCCACAUCUCUCCUGUUGAAGCCCCGCCAGGGACAGCGGACAUCCACGUGUUGGUGGAGACCCAGAGGAAUAAUGACGUGUCAGACUUUGAUGAGGAGACCUUCCUUGCCACGGCCUUCCUGGAGAGCCCCUGGCCAGAAGAGGAGGAACAAGGUCGCAACGAUUUCCUCUGUAGCUCCACCGUCAACCUGGACCAGCUGUUUGACCUCGGAGACUCAUUAGGCGGAGACCCGAGCACCCGGAUUGACACCCUCCUUUGAGGAAUAGUUGCUUUCCAGGUCCUCUUUCACACAGAAAAAGACUUUUUUUACGCUCAAGCAACCCUUAUUGUCCUUUUCAAGAUGUUUAAAGUAUUUUUAGAAAGGCAUUUUGAUGCUGAUUCAUGCAGGAAGCACAUCCCCAAUGCCUACUGAACAAAGAUGCCACAAUGUAGGGCAGCAGUUCACGGGGGGAAACAAAACUGUGUCGAAUUACUUUUGGUGAACCAUGAAAUGACUGAUUUUCAGAAUUAGGGCCUGGUCACACCAAAAAAAAAUGUCACGGCGAAAUUAUUAUCACGAAAUAUUUAGUUAUAGAAGCUCAGUGACGUAGUGACUACUAGGCUAAUAGGCGAACCACUGUAGCAGGUGAGAUAACCAUUAACAUGCUAGCAAGCCAAGACAUGCUAGUGCUAGCCAAUCACAUUAGCUUUUCUCUGCACUGGGCUGUUUACUCCCCCCUGACAUUUUGUUGUCAGGACUGCACAUUAUUUAAUUCAACAAAGUUUUAUUGAAGACAGGAAAAAAACCUCUCUGAGCUAGCGGCUUUGCUAACUGUCCGUUAGCAACACGGAUGAGUUAAGAGAGCUGCUGCUCAGCCUUGCUGCCAGUGGCCGACUGCGGUACUGCAACAAAAAGCAUCUUUCCCGUAGACCACCAUUAUAAAAGAGACGCGGUAAAUCUGUCGUUACGACAAAGUCAGUUACUACUUUUUGUAUGAUGAAUUUUUCAUUAAGCGUGUGACGUCUACGAGCAGGGUGGGAGAAACACUAAUGAGCAUGUGCAGUGAGCCACACAACCCGGAAGUUAGAAAACUUAUUUGGCUCAUGUGCUAGCAAGCAGUUAGCAAGCUUGUUAGCUCUUUGCUAAGAGGAGAGUAAGUUCAUACAUUUGUUUGCCUGUAACAGCACGACGUCCUCCUGCCGCCUAAACAGAGGAGCUUCAGUAAAACUGGAUGGUGACACACGGCUAAUAAGCUACGCUAGCUUCCUCCAUUUUGGACUCUCCGGCUCUCCGUUCACUCUCAGGUCAGCUCUGUCAACACGGCUUGCUAUUGGUCAGUGAUGCUAAUUUGUGUGCAUGGAUUUACUUCGCCACCGCGAGCUAAUCCACUGAGCGUGACGAUGCUAUUUGAAUUAACUGAUUUGUUGCAAAAUUUCGGCGUUUUAAAUGCAGGUGUGACCAGGCCUUUAGGAUGACACACCGCGGUCUCUGUUUACAUCAUAAAAAGUGUGUGUUCAUGUUGUUAGCACGCGCUACAUCAGGCUCAACUCUUGGGGGCAAAGAUAAGACAACUGAUCCACAGUUCUUUUUGUUUUCGAAGAGGAAGAAAUAACCGAGCGGUAUCGGCCGAGGCUGUUACUGACAGAGAUCAUUUGUUGCUGAGGAUUGUUUUAAUAUGACUGUAAAUACUGUGACAGCAGCACUAUGAUGAUCAAUAAUGAGAUAUUUGCCAAAUGAUGUUUGGUGUAGGAGUGAUUUACCGUAUUAAGUUUUUUUUGGGUGGGGUAUUUAGUACUAACUAUUCUCUGUAUGCAUUUUUCAAAAAUGAUUAGGACCACUUUAACUAGAUGCAUGAUAAUAAUUAUGCAGGAAAAGUUGCUUUUUUUCAAGAGGAAGGGAAAGAGAGAUGUCAGUUUUGUUUCAUAUCCGACUGAAUAUUCUUUAUAGACGUUCUUAGUAACCACUUUCUUUGAUCCUGUGACUUAGCAGAGCAGUAGAUGCAGAGCAGUAGAGGACACAUCUGAGCUUCAUGGCGUAAACGUUAAAAUGGACACGAAACAGCUUGAGGCAAAAUUCUCCAUGAACUAUUAAGACCUUAAAAUGCUCAUUUUAGAAAGGCCACGGUGCCUUGUAAAUGAAUACCUGACCUUCUAUGUGCCAAGAACAACACUUGGGACUCGACAGUGUUGAGAGGUUUGUCUGUGGUCUGUGUUUUUUAUUACAAAGAGGAAAUGUCUGUUUUUUUUUUUGUGUGUGAAGAGAUGCAGAGACCGAGAGUUGUUGGCACACGAACAAAAGACCUGCUGCAGCUUGGAUAUGCGUAUUGGAUACGGACUAAUUAAACCAAAUCACUCCAUAUGAAUACAAGUAGUCUGAACUUUAAAGAUACAGUUAUUGCUCCUGUUUUCCUCUAAAAUGUGUGAAAGUGCAAUCAAUGUACGGUGAUACUUGUUAUAUUUUACAUUCAGCUGUAGGAGUCUAUACGUGCAGUUUACUUUAGAGACCAGUUUCACUAUGUUGUGUAUUGUGCGGUGCGAAUACGCUCUGACAGGAGAAAGGACUCUUUAAAAGCAAAGCAACCACCAAACAUUUGUGUAUUAGCUCUUCUCGAUCAAACGACACGUUUAAACAAUAAAAAAAUGGCGUCUUACCCCAUGAUUGGUUCUGUAAAGUCAGAGACACUGUAUGCAUUCUUUUACUUUCCUAUUUUAUUUUAUUUUCCACUUUUCUUUGACAAUAAAAAACUAAGUUUUACUGCA